AUGAUUCCCCUCGCUUUAAAAACAUCCAGGCCGAUGCUAAAGCCUGGGAUCUUAAACUUUGGAAGAUCACUACGUUUAAUGCCCAAUUUCUCGAAAUUAAAACCAAUAGAACAACCACCUGGAUUCAUUGUGGAGACGGUCAACGAGGCAUACGUACCACCAGAUCCAGAUGCAUACGAGGGAUCACACCACUGGAUAUAUGACAGGAUCAUCACUACUGCAAUGGUUCCUUUGAUAAUGACGCCAUUUGUUGCUGGUGUCGAUUACCCCGUUAUCGAUGCUACAUUUUCCACUUUAUUAUUAUUCCAUUGCUACGCCGGUUUCAAGAGUUGUAUAAUAGAUUACAUACCGAAAAGAGUCUACGGUGUUUGGUACGGAGCUGCUUGUAAGUUGUUGACUUUGGGUACAUUUGUGGCCAUGUAUGGAAUAUACGUGUUGGAAACAGCCAACAACGGUUUAUUCGAGUUGAUCAAGAGCAUUUGGUCUGUAUAG